GGUUGCAAUGUCAGAAAAAAAGCAGCCGGUAGAUUUGGGUCUCCUGGAGGAGGACGACGAGUUCGAGGAGUUCCCUGCGGAAGACUGGACGGGUUUAGAUGAAGAUGAAGAUGCACACGUGUGGGAGGAUAAUUGGGAUGACGACAACGUGGAGGACGACUUCUCCAAUCAGUUACGAGCUGAACUAGAGAAACAUGGUUAUAAGAUGGAGACCUCAUAGAAUCCAGAAGAAGUGUUGAAGCAACCUAAACUUGAACUGUUUGCUAAAUUGUAGGUCAGAAAACCCAAGAUGGAACACUUAAAAAAAAAUGUUUAUUUCAUUACCUGCUUGGCUUUAUUUUUGCUUUUGUAAAUCAGAAAAUAAAUGUUUUGA